AUGACACAAACCCUACAGACUUUUUUCAGCACUCUCCCAAGUGGACUUUUAAACUAGUUUCCAUGGAGUAAUAUCUUCCAAAGGUUUCAAUGUGUUUUUGUAGACAACAAGGACCAUGCAUUCCUGAAGAGGUGGAUGUUGAAAAACGGUGCGCGUAUAACUUUGGAAACUGAGCUUAACCAGCACUUCAGACUAUGGCGCUAAUAGCGAGAGCGUUAUACGACUUCAUCUCUGAAAAUCCCGGCGAGAUCUCGGUGACAGAAAACGAACUUCUAACUUUGUGUAGUGAAGAGGUUGUCAAUGGUUGGAUGGAGGGUACAAACAGCAGAGAUGAGACCGGACUCUUCCCUGCAUCAUACGUGAAGAUUAUAAAGACUGACCCGCCAGUGCACGGUAACGUGACAUCCGCUUGUACUGAAUAUUUCCACCAGACUAGUCCUCAGAGGAGGGACACCUCAAACGAGUCGACUCAUUCCGCUACUUACCUGAGACAUCUACAACAACAGCGACACAGUUUUCAUACGAGCCAAGGAGACGACGAGGAUUGGGACGAUGGUGACUGGGAUGACAACGUAACGGCUGGGGAACAAGGCGGGAAACCUGAAAAAAGCGGGAAUCCUCAAACAGGUUAUUCCAGCACAGGUUCCGCAGUGGCUCGACGCGGUAGUUCACAACAGUCUAAAAGCACGGCGACUGUUGGCAAAAAUCUCAACAGGUUUACAACCUUUGUUAGGUCAGGAGGUGAAGCUUUCGUUUUAGGCAAAGCUUCAGGUUUGGUUAGAGAUGGAGAAAAAAUAUUCGUGGAUAUGGGCCAGCAUGGCCUAGAAUGGCAGGAGAACGCGUAUCCAUUUACUUGCACUGUCGACGACCCCACAAAACAGACCAAAUUCAAAGGCAUGAAGAGCUAUAUGAGCUAUGGACUUACGCCCAGUCACACACAGAGACAAGUGAACAGAAGAUACAAGCACUUUGACUGGCUUUAUGUGCGGCUUGUCAAAAAGUUUCCGGUUAUUUCAGUCCCUCAUUUGCCUGAAAAACAGGCCACAGGUCGAUUCGAGGAGGACUUCAUUUCCAAGCGGAGGAAGGGUUUAAUAUGGUGGAUGAAUCAUAUGACGAGUCAUCCAGUUUUAUCCAAGUGUGAUGUUUUCCAGCAUUUCCUUACCUGCAGCAGCAAUGAUGAAAAAGCCUGGAAGCAAGGCAAGAGGAAGGCAGAGAAGGACGAGCUAGUUGGUGCCAAUUUCUUCCUCACUAUCUGUCCUCCAGCUUUACCUCUUGACUUACAAGAGGUGGAGAGCAAAGUAGAUGCUUUCAAAAUGUUCACCAAGAAGAUGGACGAAAACCUCAUACAGGUCAACGUCACCAUUAACGAAUUUGCCCGAAAGCAGAUCACAGGUUUUAAGAAGGAAUAUCAGAGAGUUGGACAGGCUUUCAGACGUAUUAGUCAGGCCUUCGAAUGCGACCAGCAAGUGUACUCCAUUCAAUUAAACAAGGCCAUGGCAUACACUGGAGAAAUCUAUGAGACCAUUGGGGAUUACUAUGCUGAACAGCCCCGUCAGGAUUUGGAGCCAAUUUCUGAUCUUUUAGCGAUUUACCAGGGCCACCUUGCAAACUUUCCAGACAUUAUCCAUGUAGAGAAAGGAGCCCUGAACAAGGCAAAGGAGAGCCAGAAAGAUGGCACUGCCGGCGGAGGUAUCCACGAGCGAUGCAACAUCAUCUCCUGCGCUACACUAGCCGAGAUCCAGCACUUUCAUCGCAUACGAGUGCUUGACUUCAAGGCACAGUUGCAACAUUUCUUACAGCAGCAGAUCAGCUUCUUUCAAAAAAUCACAGGCAAGUUGGAGGAAGCUCAGGACAUGUACGAUCAGGCUUAGAAAGGCCAAUGCCUGCGCAAAUGUGCUGCCUUUCUAGAUACCUUUUAUACAGAACUGAAAUAAAACUAAAGUGAUACUUUACCCCCAAAAAAGAAAUUGUGUCAUCAUCUACUUAUUCUUACUUCCUUAAAAUUUUGUUCCAAACCCCUUAUCGCUACCCCUCAGUCAGGCAGAAUUUAAGCCUCAGUCACCAUUCACUGUCUUUGCAUCUUUUUUUCUAUACAAUCUAAAUGGUGACUGAGGCUUGCAUUCUGCCUAACAUUUCCUUUUGUGUUCAGUGAAUGAAACUGGGAAAAACAUUUGGGUGAAUUUUCUGUCUACGGUGUUACCAGUUUUACUCUGUACAAGGGACAACACCGGUGUGAAAUUUUACACCGGGUAAAAGGGGGAAACAUUAUGAAUGGAACUUCCAAUAUCAAUACAAUAACAUAUCAAAUAGAAUAGUUUUAAAUAAAGAAUAGUUGUCUAAUGAAGAGAUUGCGACCCAUGAUAAAUGAACCUAAAUAACGCAUUAAAAGCCAGAUGUUCUUUACCAACUUAUCAUAUUACACAGGCAGCAAAGUUUGCGCAUUGACAGAAGAUGUUUAAUUGCAGGUAGCAAAUAUAAUGUGCUUGGUGUGUAACUGUGAGAUGUCUUGGAUUUGGAAUGACACAAGAAAUGCUGUUAGACACACAGACAUGAGCUUGAAGAGACACUAUUAUAUUUUUAAGAACAGCUGACAGAAAAGCCGUCUAUGCGCAUGUCUGACACGCUGUUUGUUCGGAUGCAUGCAGUCUCAUGGAACAUGUGUAUGUAAAGGGUUCUCACUCUUUCUUUGUUUUAGUCUUCUGAAUUUUUUUUUGCAAGAGUAGUAUUGUAUAUAAGAAUGCUGCAAAUUACCUCAGACCAUCUCAGCUCUGGCAGUGCGUUGAGUUCAGUUUGCUUUAUUUCCACAGAGCAGUUCGUUAUGAGUGCAACUCUGCAGGGUCACUUGAUAUAUAGCCUAUACAUCUGUGAUUAAAUCAUACAAUAAUACAAAAACACGUUCACUUCAAACCAUGAUUUAUAGUUCAGUGAUUAUUAUCAUCAUUAUAAUUAUUCUGAUUACAUUUAUAAUUGUUUUUAGAUAUUAAUAUGUACAGUAUUAAUUUUCCAGCUGUUGUCAUAGACAGAUACUUGGAAAGGUGGUUAUUUAUGAUGUUUUAUUUCUUACCACUUUGUUAUUUUAAUUGCUUUUUUGUUUUGUUUGAAGUGCAAUUUGAAUUUAGUAAUGUCUUUGGUUUAAGAUUUUCGUUUUUAAAAUAAAUUAAUUUAAUUUUCAAUGCAAAAUCAUUAAAGCAAUAAUAUUCACUGAUCCCUCAGCCGGGUGGUUGACGAUGUAAUUUGAUAUUGUGAUACAGUUAGGGCUGCACGAUUAUAGCAAAAAUCAUAAUUGUCGAUUAUUGCUCAUGAUAUUGUAAUCGCAAUUAUUAAUGCCGAUGAACGUUUUUUAUUACCAUGACGUCACAAAGUAAUAAUGUGGUUUUUCAGAGU